AUGAAUCUGUUGGAUCCUUUUUUGAAGAUGACAGAAGAGCAAGAAAAGUGCCUGUCUGGGGCCCCCAGCCCUAGCAUGUCUGAGGACUCAGCCGGCUCCCCCUGCCCCUCUGGCUCCGGAUCAGACACAGAGAACACCAGACCCCAAGAGAACACCUUCCCCAAGGGGGACCAGGACCUGAAGAAGGAGACAGAGGAUGAGAAGUUCCCGGUCUGCAUCAGAGAGGCUGUCAGCCAGGUGCUGAAGGGAUAUGACUGGACCCUGGUGCCCAUGCCGGUCAGGGUCAACGGAUCCAGCAAGAGCAAACCCCAUGUCAAGAGGCCCAUGAACGCCUUCAUGGUGUGGGCACAGGCGGCCCGGAGGAAGCUGGCAGACCAGUACCCCCAUCUGCACAAUGCGGAGCUCAGCAAGACCCUGGGCAAGCUGUGGAGGCUGCUGAAUGAAAACGAGAAGCGCCCUUUUGUGGAGGAAGCAGAGCGUCUGAGGAUCCAGCACAAGAAGGAUCACCCGGACUACAAGUACCAGCCCCGCCGUAGAAAGUCUGUGAAGAACGGACAAGCAGAGCAGGAGGACGGCUCCGACCAGACUCACAUUUCCCCCAACGCCAUCUUCAAGGCUCUGCAGGCCGACUCGCCGCACUCUGCCUCCAGCAUGAGCGAAGUGCACUCCCCAGGAGAACAUUCAGGACAAUCUCAAGGUCCGCCGACCCCACCGACCACCCCGAAAACAGAUGUGCAGCCCGGCAAGCCGGAUCUGAAACGCGAAGGCCGCCCGUUGCAGGAGAGCGGCCGCCAGCCGCCUCACAUCGAUUUCCGCGACGUGGACAUCGGAGAGCUCAGCAGCGAAGUCAUCUCCAACAUCGAGACCUUUGACGUCAACGAGUUCGACCAAUACCUGCCGCCCAACGGCCAUCCCGGAGUGGCCUCCACGCAGGUGACCUACACGGGCAGCUACGGCAUCAGCAGCGCCACCAGCGGUCCGGCCGGAGCCGGCCACACCUGGAUGUCCAAGCAGCCGCAGCAGCCGCCUCAACAGCCCCAACAGCAGCAGCAGCAGAGGACACACAUCAAAACUGAGCAGCUCAGCCCGAGUCACUACAGCGACCAGCAGCAACAGCAUUCCCCGCAGCAACUCAACUACACCUCCUUCAACCUCCAGCAUUACGGGUCCUCCUACCCAACCAUCACACGCUCCCAGUAUGACUACACCGAACACCAAGGAUCGAACUCCUACUACAGCCACGCCGCCGGCCAGAGCUCCAGCCUCUACUCAACGUUCAGCUACAUGAACCCCACCCAACGUCCCAUGUACACACCCAUUGCGGACACGACGGGGGUCCCUUCCAUCCCCCAGACCCACAGCCCCCAACACUGGGAGCAGCCGGUCUACACACAGCUGACCAGGCCGUAA